AUGCCAUCUUGCCGUGGGCUGUGGUCAGUUGAUGUUGAUCAUAUUAGAUCACUCGCAAGGUCUUUCUUCGCCAUUGCGUGUAUAGCGCAAAGGGCAACAUUGGCAAGCAGCUCAUGGACAGACAAGCUCAAUCAUGGCAGUGUGCAAGGGUUCCCAAGCUACGAGGAGGCCAACGAGCUUCUCGAGCAGUUCCUCCGCUCCAACCCGAACGAGCUUGAGAAGCGGCAGAUAGGAACGAGCUUCCAGAGUCGGCCGAUUUACGCGUACGUUUUGGCCACCCCAGCUGGCAGGCAAAGCAAGCCUCAAGCACUGCUGACAGCUCUCAUGCAUGCUCGCGAGCCAGCUGGCUUGACUGUCCUGCUGUACUUCCUCGGUCAUUUGCUGGAGAAGUAUAGCCGUGGUGAUCCUGAUGCCACGUACGUUCUGAACAUGCGCGAAAUCUGGUUCCUGCCCUUUGUCAACCCUGACGGCUACAUUGCUAACAAGGGUUUACGCAACAAGGUGAUUCGCAAGAACCGGCGACCGACGUGCAGGUCGUCGGUCGAUGGCGGUGUCGACAUCAACAGGAACUUUGCCGUGCAUUGGUCCAGCAGCUUUGGUGGAUGCAGCGAAGAGCACGGUGGAUCGCAACCAUUCUCCGAGCCUGAGACGCAAGCCUUCAAGAAAAUCUGCGAGGAGAACGUGUUCAAGACAGCCAUGAACUUCCACGCCUAUGGCAGCAUGCUGACACACCCGUUCAACUGGGCAACCCAGGACCUCAUGCCUGCAGAGGACAAAAAGGUGUACCAGGAGAUCGCUCGGGUCUUCGGUUACAAGAAGUUCGGGCCCGCGAUUAAGACCGUGGGCUACACCACCUCCGGGGAGUCCGACGAUUGGAUGUACUCUGCAAGGCAUAUCAUCUCGAUGUCUCCAGAGGUGGGGCCUGAAAGUGGCGGCUUCUGGCCUCCAUCAUCACAGAUCGACGGCAUCGAUACACGCAACUUCGACCGUGCUUUGUACGUGGUCGGCAAGGCUGGGAUGGAGUUGGGCACUGAAUGGGUUCAGCAGCCACUUCCGCCAUCAGGUGCAGACCUUUCUGCUCUUGCAGGAGGCCCUCCACACCAUCUCCUAAAGCUCAGGAUCACCAAUCGCGGCCUGACCGGCAGCCAGGGGAAGGUUCUGCGCGUUGCUGUGCGCGGGGUCGUAUCUGAAGGGGCAGCUGCAGGUGAUGCAAUCGGCCUGCUCGUGUCGAAGGGCGCAGAGGAUCUUGAUGAGACACGCGAAAUGGUGACCGCUGAACACGGGAUCCUCGCCUGGAAGGCCAAUGCUAUUCCAAGCCGAUCCUCCCAAGAGUUUCGCAUGUACAUUGCCAGGUCCAGGGAGCCAGAGGGCCAAAGAAGAUUGCAGACUUGUGUGGCGGAGGCAUCGGGGACCUCAGCUUGUCAGUGCACUGAGCUGGUAGAGAUUCCCGGCUCCACACAGAUCUCCAAGCAGUCGUCUCGACAAGUUUAUGCAUUGCCCGCCGGCAGAGAUGCAUCUGGCGACAGCAUGAGCUUGCUCUGCGCUGCCGCGAGUACUCCCGGUGUGGUUGAUUCAAACUCGAAGCCAGCUUCUCCAGUGGCAGCCAAACCUUCAUCAUCAGCAUUGGCAACGAGGAUGCCGACGACGACAGCUUCGCAGACUUCAGAAAGGCAGUCAGAGCACAACCUCAAUCUGGCGGGCCUGGCAUCUACACCGCUUUCUGUGACUUCGAUGCCUUCACAAGGCAAACCAAGCCUGAUGGAUGAGGACUCAGCCGGGACUUGGAUACUCCUGGCCUUGGGUGCCACUUUAGUGGCCAUGUGCAUCUGCAUGGCUCUGCAGCCCUUCGUCACGCAGCGACGGGUUGCCAAGCGUGCACCAUCUGCCGUCGACUAUGAGCAAAUCCCAAGCUUGCAGGCUCAUCGACCAGACGAGGACCGCUUGAGAUAG